CCUGCUUCGCUGCUUCCACUGCAGCCCUGGCAAGAGUGACCGUACUUAUGCCACAAAUCGUUGCCUGGCCACACUUGUUUUGAAAGUCAAACAAACCGCGACAUCAUUAUGGAGCGCUUCGCUUUCAAGAUUGAUGCGGCUCUCAAGGCGAACUUGUACAAGAUCUGUCGUCUGUGUGGCAUCGAUAAUCCGUCCAAGGUGCCAAUACUACCCAAUGAAAGCGAUGUUAUAGACCUGGACGAGCCCAGUUUGAGCCAAAAGGUCUUAGAACUGGUCGGCUUCGUGGUGACACAGGACGAUAAAAUGCCGCAGACAAUGUGCAGUCUAUGCGUAGAUAAAAUCAAUGAUUUCUAUGAGUUUCGAGAAAUGUGUUUCGCCACAAACAAUCAAACGCGGAAGCUACUGGGCCUCAAAGAAGUGGAUACACAAAAGAUUUUGGACGUCAAGCCGAUAUUUAAAAAGGAGCCGCUAACAGUCGCUACACCUGCGAAGCGUGGGCGUAAACGUAAAACGGAGGACCCUGCGUUAGCAGCUCCCAGCACCAGCGCAAAGUCCACUACGAUGAAUAUUGCGUUGGAUGCCGUCAAAAAUGAGCCAUUCAACUGGCGGAAGAAGCUGCGCCUGCAGCACCAACAGCUGGCUCCGAGCAAAACUGAAGUCAAGGAAGAGCCCACAGAGCUUGUCAAAUUUACCAUCCCCGCGAAGAAAGCCCGCAAGGCAAGUUGCAGCGUGUGCGGCGAACGCUUUGAGAACAAGGAGCUGGUCGAGGAGCACAAGACGACAACACAUGUGCCCACUGUAUUGCGCUACACUUGUACUGCCUGCAAUCAAAGUCACCACAGUCUCAGCGAUAUCAAAGCUCAUCAGCUCUGGCAUAAGCUUUCCAAGACGCCAUACCAGUGUCCGCUGUGCGAUGCAAGCGUUGCAAAUAACUAUGCCUAUACGCGACAUCUGCGGGAGCACACAUUGCCCACGCCCAUCGAAUUGCUGGUGCUUGACCGCGAGUGCCCACUUUGCAGGAAAACGUUUCUAACAAAUUACUUUUAUAAUACACAUCCUUGUGCCCGGCGCACACGCCAAUGUGGUGGCUGCAGUCGUCUGCUCAACAGUGAAAUCGCCUAUAUGCGCCAUGCACCGCACUGUGCUAAGAUUUAUUUGAAUCACUCCAAGCAUAUAAUGCCCGAGGCAGCUGACAAUGAAGCACAGAUGAGCAUCAAGAAUGAAAACGAUGUGGAUGCCGAGGAUAAUAAUCACUCGUCCAUCGAAUACACUCAGGCGGGAGACAUGCAACCAGUGGUAGUACUCGAACGCUUAGCAUCCCCGCUAUUGCGCGCCUCGUCUGUGUCCAACUCGAUGGGCCGAAGCAGUGAUCGUGUGUCAUCUAAAAAGUAUUUGAAGCGCGUCGAUCAGCUGCUAAAAAAUACAAUGAGCACGCUUGUUAGUAUUAAACAUGAGCCGGAGGUGCACAUCGAUGAUACCGGACCGCCGCUUGCAUUCGAGCAGCCCGAAAGCGAGCCAGAUGACGACCCACCUGCCUGUGAUGAUUUCCACGCAGAUGCAGGCAAUGAUGACAGCGAUGAGGAUGCUGCCAGUGGCAGUGCCAAUCCAGCAGCAAUUGCACCAAUUGUGUCUGUAAAGCAGGAGCCUUUUGAUGAAUCUUAUGAGAAGCAGCCAAUGACCAGCAGCGAUGGCGUACAAAUCAAACAAGAGCCGCUCAAGCUAAAGCUGAAGAUAACCAAAAAUCAUGGGCAGCUUAACUCAUCCAUCGUAGAUGAUGAUGACAACGAGGUGCUGUCAAAAAGUGCUAAAAAGAAAAAGAAACGAAAGCAUAAGGAGCGUAAUAAGGAGUCCGAAGUUGGCGACAAAGCGACGCCACCGGCUACAGCACUCGAUGAACCUCCAACCGAAGAAACAGUAGAAGCUGCAGGCAGCGCAAUCGUGUCCGUUAAGCAGGAGCGUUUGGAUGACAACUAUACGGGUGACUGUGUGCCACAGGUCGAGUACGAACCGCAGGCCACUGUUAUGACGAGCAUACCUAUGCUCCAGCUAGGGGGCAACUACAGUGAAUUAAACCAAGAGGCGCCAACAGCGACGGCAGAGCUGGAAGAUGUAAAACCGAAUCGCUUAGAGCUAGAUCGAAUAAUGCAAAUAACGCAUAUAGCCAGCGGUGUGGUCAUGGCAGAGGAGGCAAUGCCCCCAGAGAGCGCUGUGGAAGCAUUGCCCAAUGAAGGUCAUAUAGAGAAACUAACAAAGCCUGCCAAGAAAACUGCAACCAAGUCCACAGCACGUAAAAGCACCGGCGGUGGCGUGCCACGUGAGGUUGCAUCUUCUUCAAAUCUACCGCCAGCUGAACUGCAACUACCACAAAUUGUGGCAGUGGAAAGUGGCGCCUCGGUACCCUUCAAUGCGGCUGCCAUCAAGCCGGAGCCACUGAACCGUGGCUAUGCGGAUGAGCAGGAAUUGAGUGAGCAAGGCGAACAAGAAGCAGAACAGCACGGAGCUGAAAAAUCAAAUGAGAUCAACCACAAUGAGAAAAUAGACGAAGAGUCUGCCUAUAUAAACAGUCUGGAUCUCAGUAAUGUGAUUAUUAAGCAGGAGAAGGAUUUGCAUAUCUCCGAUGUCGAUAUCAAUGGCAGCGAAGCUGACAACAUACAUUACAAUGGGUUGCACGAGAGUGAGGACAGCGACGAGGAUGAUGAUGAUGAUGGGAGCGCUUCGUCUGCGGAUGAAGCUGAGGAGGAAAACAUGGACACGUACGAGGAGCCGGAGGAGCGCAUUUAUCGUGAAAUUGAGCUGCCGCCAUUGGAGGAGCAAAGUCCAAGUAAGAGCUCGGCUCCAGAAGCGCAAAGUACGUCGGAAAUAUUGCCCGUGGAUCCGCAAUCAGAUAUGAUGACAAUAGAGCCGCAGCCAGAAAUGCUGCCAAUGGAGACAGAGGGUGUGGUGCACACGGAAAUAUUGCCAGUGGAGCCGCGAACAGAAAUAAUUUCAGGAGCGGCACAAAAUUUGGUGCAGGAGCCAACAACCAGCGCAUUAGAGAAACAAAAUCUUGCAGAGACGCAAAGCAAGUCAGAAACUGCACAAAUAGAGCCCCAGGAUAUGUUACAGGAGUCGGAGCCUGCCCUAGCGACGGAGCACAGUGUUUUGGAGCCGCAAGAUGAGUCAAAAGUGCCACAAUUGACUUCUGAGAGUGCAGAUACGGAGCCGCAACAGGAAUCAGCCAGUGCGGCACUUUUUAAUUUUGUCAUCACCAGCGUUUGUAGUCAGGUAGAUGAACAGCUAAUGGAAGGUAACAACGAGGCGAGCGGAGACAACGGCCAGGAGCUAUCUCAGCCAGAAGCAACUAAGAAAAACGUAAAUAGCGAGGAGCAAAACACUUGUCCAGUUGUGACGCUAAGCGCGCCAAAGGACAAUGAAACGCUGGCGCAGCCAUUCUUUGCCAGCUCAUCGAACUACACUUGCGCUGAGGAACAACAGAAUGUGCUGAACCAUGAACUGUCUGCAAGUGUUCAAAUGCAGCAGGUGAAUGAGGCGAAUACAGAAGCAUCAACCACAAGAGCCUGCAUUGAGGCGCUCGCUGAAGACGAGCGCAGCGCCAACGAAGAGACUGAGAAUCGCAUCAAUGAGCAACAGCAGCAGCAGUUGGAGCAAGUACAGCAGGAGCAGGAGCAGCUGCAACCACCGCAGCAGCCGCGAUUGGCAGUCAACGAUGAUUCGAAUAUCAAUGAAAUAGCCGAAAAUAAUAAUAAUGCCAACAUUGAACGGGAGCUCAAUGACGAUGCGAAUGUGGCUCAGGAAAACCCUAUACCAUAAGCUAGAUAAUAAUUCCUAACUUAGUUAAGCAUAAACAUACGUUCACAAUUAUAGAGGCCAUAAAUCGACCCACUUUGUACAUAUGUAAUACAUAUAUUCCAUGCUGAAUCCUUAACCUAAACGCAU